AUGGCGGCACAAAGCCACGCAUCUUCUUCCAACUCCGUGGCGGCCCAAAGUCACACGGCCUCUUCACUUCCUGUGGCUGCCAGAAGCACCGCACAAAAAAUAUUGGAGGCUAAAAGCCCCAUUGCAGGUACAGGGUGUCCAUCCAACAUCCCAAAGACUACAACCAAUCAGGCACUUUCUUCAUCAGUGCCACAACCUAUUUCUUUACACAAGGGCUCCUCCUCCGAGGAUCCCACUUAUAUUAAGAACGAAAGUAACAUUAAAUCAAGCUCUUCUUCUUCUUCUUCUUCUUCUUCUUCUUCUUCCUCUGAUGAUUUUCAGACAAAGAUGUUUGAUUUUGUUGACCUGGAAUUUGUGUCUUGA